UGGCCAUGGCCUGCGAGAUGGAAUACGGUACGGUUGUUUAUCCGGAUAGACAGUAUCAACUUCGAACUUCGCGACCAAAAGAUCUCGAAUUGUCGUGUCAUUGCGCGCGAUGCAACGGCGCCGCAGAGCCCACGGACGCGCCACCACCGCGGACGCUGUCCAAGAUGGGAUAGGCCAUGACAAGAGCAAAGUUCUCUCUGUGGCGACGGAUCCUAUCUUAUGGCUCGUCGGCACGAUCAUCUUGGGCGUGUACUCUCAAACGCUGUACCCGAGCAUUGCCGGCGGAGACAGUGGCGAACUCGUCGCCGAGUCGUGCCACUUGGGCGUAUCUCAUCCCCCAGGCUACCCCUUGUUCAACAUGCUGAAUUUCAUCGUUGUCAAUAUGCCGGGGCAACAAACUAAAGCGUGGAAGGCCAACCUGUUUUCUGCAGGUACCAACCUCCAACGUCUCCUUUAUGACUUGAUGUUUCUCAGCCUGCGACACGGUGUGCUGCAUGCUCAUGUACGCGACAAUUGUAUCAUGGACGGCCCAGGCACCGUCACCGUCGUUGUGGCUGACCAAGGUUGCCGCCGCGACUGCAGCAGUACGGGCCUUCCCUCCACGUACAUCCCAUUUUGAUCCGGUCGAUCCUAGGUCACGUUUGCGUUGAGCCCACUCAUCUGGACGUACGCUAUCAGUGCCGAAGUCUUUUCGAUGAACAAUCUAUUUGCUGCAUGGCUGAUCUUUGUGCUGCUUCGAUAUGCCCAGUCUGGCUCCAUGAACCAUGCCAACCUUGGCGCCUUCGUUUGUGGGUUGGCCCUAUGCAACCAGCACACGAUCGUUCUCUUCGAAAUCCCCAUCAUUGCAUGGGUGCUAUGGACCCAGCGCCACGCUCUACGCGUCAAGAUGCUGUCCAAGUUUACGUUCUACUUUACUUUGGGGUUGCUGCCGUAAGCGCCAUCUCCAUCGUUGACACGUCACGACGUCAUAGCUAUAUCUACAUGCCCAUUGUAUCGACAUGGAACCCGCAGCCCGGGUCGUGGGGCGACGUAACAUCCGUGGCGGGUUUGUUUCACCACUUGCGGCGUGGAGACUACGGAACUUUUCGGUUGUUUUCAUCCGACCGCGACACGGAGCCGUUGUCGACUCGUUUGGUGCUGUACUUGAACGACGCAAUUGGACGCCAAGGAGGGUACUUGCUCGGGCCAUUGGCGUUGGUCGGAGUGCUGAACCCGCCUCGACGGGUCCGCUUCGAAGGCUUUCGAUGGGCGGUUGUGUGCAUGUACCUCUUUUAUUUGGUCGUGUUUCACGCGCUGUCGAAUAUGCCGCUCUCGGAGGGACUCCUCUACGGCGUUCACAUGCGAUUCUGGCAGCAGCCCAACAUCGUGUUGUUUGUGUGGGGUGGGGUGGGUCUGAAUGCAGUGCUCCAUCGGGCAAACGAGGCAUCGGGGGUGCUUUCCCGUCUUGGAGUUGUGCUGUCCAUCGCUUGCACCGUUGGGCAAGGCGUCCAGUGGCACCACGUCGGCAACCAGAGCCAGGCCUGGUACAUUCACAACUACGCCAAAGCACUCGUGGACCCGCUCCCUCGAAACGCCCUCGUCUUUGUCAACUACGACCUGCAAUGGACAGCAAUUCGAUACCUCCAGCGGUGCGAAGGCUUUCGCCCCGACGUCACGGUGUUGAAUCUCUCGAUGAUGACGUACAAGUGGUUUGGGACCAAGCACGCCUUGUACCCGUCCAUGUCGUUUCCAGGGGACCGGCUCGUCCCAGCCUCCAACCACCAAGAUGGCGGGUUCAGUCUGCGCGACCUCGUCCGCGUCAACAUCGACAAGUUCCCGGGGGGAAUCUACCUCGGCGGCCAACUCAACUUUCCCGACCCGACUUUCCACGACCACUUUAUCACGGUGCCGUACGGCCUGCUUGACAAGUUUCACCCAGCAUCCAAGCCAGUGUACAAGUCGCUCAAGAAAUGGCACCGACAAAAUGCCAAACGGAUGGCCCACGUGCGCGCGCAUUUACCUGUCGUCCCGUCCAACGCCGACUACAACGAUGAAACGUGGGAAUGGACUGUGGCCCGCGACUACCACAUGAAGCAGCUUGGCGUGGCGACAUUUUUGCUGGAUGAGACAAUCAAAUCGGACAAGGCCAACAUCACGUGGCUAGCGGAAUGUACCCGGCCCCUCGAGCACUCCCUCCGUCACGAGCCCCGGCAAUUUUGGUCGGAAUCGCUCUUGAAGAAUUUGGUACAGUCGUUCGCAUGCUGGACAUGCGCACGACAUGGCCAAAUGUAGGGGCUUGCGUACGCAUACAUUGUGCGGUCGCCAGACGACUUUGCCCCGACCGACCCGGAUCCCUUCGAGCCACACGUUGGUCAAGGAGUAGCAGACAAGGCAAGAUACAAGGACCGAGCGAGUGAGCGCAUGCUCGAAGUGUGGCGGGAGUGGGUCGGUCUGCCGUCGGCGCAGUCCGAUCCUGGCUACAGCGCCAUCGCCGACAUCGUGCGCAAGUUCACCCCAGCGUCCUAAUGGAGCCACGGCAGAUCGGGGCCGUCACGACCGAUGAGAGUGCCAAGUACCAUCACGUACAAGACGUGCGUGCUACCUCAUCAUGGAAAACAAUGGAGCGAAUUCUUAUUGAUAAAGUUUGAUCAAUUCGUCCGAGACCGCCGAGGGGGUGAGCACACCGAGGUCGGUGAAGAGGAGCGAGAUAUACUGGGGAGGCGUGUAGUCGCACGUGGGGCUGCCCACGGUCAGCAAUGGAUGGCUUGGAAGGACGAGCUCGGGAUCGCAGGUGCACGAAGGCAGGAGCAUGCUCUCCUCUGUGCGGCUGUGGGGAAAGUCGCUCUGGUUCAACGGGUACAGGCGCGCAAAUUUGUAGCUCUCUGCGGCGACGUAGAACGGCUUCUUCAUGGCGUGCGCAAUCAUGGCGCACGAAAACGUCCCGAUCUUGUUGACGAUCCCGCCGUUUUCGACGACACCUUCAGCUCCCACAACCACCAUGCUCACACGUUCCAUGUAGUACCCCAUGGCGGCGUCCACGAUGACUGUUGUGGGGAUCCCUGCAUUUGAGAGAAGCUCGGCGGUCUUGUAUCCAGCCCCGUUAGGCCGUCCUUCCGUCACGACCACAGAGAAGUGUUUGGAUUUGGCAGCUUGGAGCAGGAGCUUUGUUACGACGCGGGAAGCCCCGUGGGUCAGCACAACCAUCCCAUCGCGCACAAAGUUGUGCCCAAAGUCUACGAUCCGCUUUCGACUCGUCGACGACGUCUCUGCGAAUAGCUUGCCGCGGUCGAUGAGCUGGCUCUUGCACAGGUCGAAGUCGUCAAACUCGAGGAAGCAACGUGUGACGUAGCGGAGGAAGAGUUGACAUCCCGCGGUCACAGAGAUGGACGAGAGCGAUUGCGCAGACGUCGAAUGUGCGACGUAGUUUUUCUUAUUGUCCGUCGUCGCCGACGCUGGCGUGUUGGCGGCAGCAGCCGCCUUGAGCUGUGCCGCGGCAUCUUGCAAAGCACUCUCGAUCUCCAUCAUCGUGCUCGCUUUCGAGUGCUGGAUGACUCCAGUGAGGACCUUGAUCACAGCCACCGCGAUGGCGGACUCGGGGUCCUUCAAAUACCCCAUGAACUCGUCCACGACAGUCGGGCGCGCACCUGCCAUCUCAACGCGACUCGAGACGCCACUAAAACGAUCGACUCGUGCG